AUGUCAUCAUUAUCGAUAGCACAAACAAUUCUUUCUAUCGCUCAAGAUUGUACCAUCUAUAUUAGUUUUAUUAUUUUAAUUGGUGGUCUACUUGGAAAUACUUGCAUUAUUAUAACUAUCUCACGUCUUAAAUUUCUUCGAAAAAAUUCUUCUAGUUUUUAUCUUAUUUCAGAAUCGAUCGCAAAUUCUAUCAUAUUAGUCAUACCUUAUAGUUUUCGUAUUGGCAUCAAUGGAUUUAAUUAUGAUCCAUCGCAAACAUCAAUUGUAUGGUGUAAAUUAAGACAAACAUUUGGUCAAAUGUGUAUACUUAUUUCCAUGAGUCUUGUAUGUUUUGCUGCUAUUGAUCAAUAUUUAUCAACUAAUCAUCGUCCAUAUCUACGUCUAAUGAGUUCACUUAAACUAGCUCAAUAUUUAACAGCAUGUGCAAUAUUUAUCUGGAUUCUACAUAGUAUUCCGUUUAUUGUUUUUCUAGAGAUUCAACAAUCCAAUGGUUGUAAUAUAUAUAAUAAUGUACUUAUAAAUUAUAUUACAUAUAUUUAUUAUCCAAUUCUUUGUGGCAUGUUACCUAUCAUAAUAUCGUCAUUAUUUAGUUUGUUAGCAUUUACAAAUGUUCGUCAAAUCCUUCGACGUCAAAUGCCAGUUUUUCGACGUAGACUUGAUAGACAAAUGACUUCAAUGAUUUUAAUUCGUGUCAUUUUUCUGAUUAUAUUUACACUUCCAAAUACUAUUCAACGAAUUUAUGCUUUAAUUAUGCCUGCAGAUCCAAAUGACUUAAUCGGAGCCGCUUUAGAACAAUUGUGUUGGAAACCAAACCGUAAAAGAACAGCAUGUGUCUAUCCAGCAGCUGCAGGUUCAUGUGUCUUAAGUAAUGAACUGAACUAA